AGUAAAAAGAUACAGCCAAAGCCCCAGUUUUAACCGCUAAAGUGUAUAAGUGCAAAAUGUGGAGCAAAAUCAUUCCUUCCUUUCUGGUCACUUUUUGUCUGGUAGUGAUAAUUCAAAGCAAAGUUCCAAAACCAGAUAAUCUGGCCGAUUAUUAUAAAUGCUGGACGUAUGCUGAAUGCGAUUCAGAUGGAACGGCUCAUGACAAAUUAAUAAACUGCUUCUCUUCGAUACCGUUUGAGCAAUUAUAUCCGAUAUUCAAGUAUUUUAAUGACAGUUACUAUGAGUUUCAUACCGAUAGCGUAAAGGGAGCAAUCCAAGAAUAUUGCAAUAAAAGCGGAGAAGAUCAAGUAAAUGCUUUUGUUAAGACCUUCCAGGGUAUUUUCGACUACCAGGAUAUGGCAUGCGAUUCUUCAGGAAUGAACGUGAAAUGCAAAAGUGCAUCAACUUUAUUGGACUGCUUUUUCUCACUGCUUAAUAAGCUGAAGGCUAACAACGAAUGUACUCUAAAUUAAUGAGGCAUGAAGAAGCUCAAAAUUUAUUUAUCCCUGCAAACGGAUUUAUAAGUCCCAUUUGUUACUAAUUUUUUUUAUUUGUAAUAAAUAUCAUCAAUUACAAAUUUUUUUUAUUUGUAAUCAAGAAAAUCUUUUGAAGUAAAGUUGUUGAAAGAAAGCA